AUGGCCACAACACCAGCCCGCAGCUCCGUAAGCUCCUUCCAGGAUGGUACUGAUGCCGCCGCCGCCCAUACCUCCUCCACCACACCACCCCUCAAGCCGGGAGUCUACGUCCCUCUCCUCGCCUUCUUCACCCCGGACACGGAGCACAUCGACGCGGCCGCCACCCAGCGCCACGCCGUCCGCCUCGCCAACGCCGGCGUCGCGGGCCUCGUUCUCCACGGCUCCAACGGCGAGGCCGCGCACCUGUCGCCCGCCGAGCGCCUCGCCGCGAUCAAGCACGUCGCCGACGCCCUGCGCCACGACGCGGACCACCCUUUACCCAUCAUCGCCGGCUGCGGCGCCCAGUCGGUCCGCGAGACGGUGGCCCUGUGCCGCGACGCCCACCGCGCCGGCGCGACGCACGCGCUCGUCCUGCCGCCGGGGUACUACGCCGGCCUGCUCAAGAACGCUGGUGGUGGUGGUGGAGGCGACGCCUUUGUGCGCUUCUUCCACGACGUCGCCGACGCGAGCCCCAUUCCCGUGCUGGUGUACAACUACCCGGCCGCGGCCAACGGCGUCGACCUCGACAGCGACGCCGUCUGCGCCGCGGCGCGGCACCCCAACGUCGCGGGCGUGAAGCUGACGUGCGGCAACACGGGCAAGCUGGCGCGCGUGGCGGCGGCGACCGAGGGCACGGGCUUCUUCGUCGCGGGCGGCAGCGCCGACUUCAUACUGCAGGGAGCCGUGGUGGGAGCGCACGGAACUAUUUCUGGCCUCGCGAACCUGGCGCCGAGGGCGUGUGUGCGCGUGCUCGAGCUGUUCGAGCAGGGUAGGCUGGCUGAGGCGAGACGUGUGCAGGCCCGCGUGGCGGCGGCGGACUGGCUGGCGAUACAGACUGGGUUUGUCGGCGUCAAGGCUGCGUUCCCCAUGUUCCACGGCGAGGCGGAGAGGGGGUGCGUCGAGCCGCGGCGGCCGUGCCUGCCGAUGGGCGAGCGGGAGAGGGAGGUUAUGUGCAAGGGGUUGGAGGACCUGUUGGCGCUGGAGGAGGAGCUGAAGGCUGCUGGUGCGCAGUCAUGA